AUGACCAUCAGGGCACCCCGCAUUUCACCUCCAUCCGUCGUCUCCCCUCCAGCCUCGGCAGACCAAGGCAACGAUGUUCUCAAGUGGCAAUUUUGGCCGAGAGCGGUCGGCAUGGGGAGUCUGGUCGGCAGGCGAUUCGUACAAGUGAACUACCUCACGCCUCAGCAGCAGCGCAACGCCGCCGACAAGGGCUGGGGGAAGUCUUACCUCGCAUUUGACUUUCGCAGAGAGUACCUCGUCAUCAAGAGCAAGCUCUCACUCCCCGACCGCUUACUCCCGGCCGCUCUCCGACCCAUCGAUGCGGAGCUCAGCUUUGACGAUAUUGCCUCGCAAGGCAUCAGCAUCGACGAGACAGGUAACCGCCAUUCGGAUAGCAGGAGUCCCGACGGCUACCUGCAAGAAGUCAUCGUGACGGUAGGCAUCCGUCGGCCUCCCAAGUUCUACACCGAAUUUGAAGAGAGCGACAAAUUGCCGAGCAUGAACGGGAAGCGGCAGUCCAACAAGCCUUACAGAAGGAGAGCUACCGCAAUGGACUUUGCGACCGGCGUGACUACUGAGCGGGACGCAGGACCCAUCAAGGCGAUUCCAGAGGGACCAUGCGCAUACCCCACCUUUUGGAACACCUGGCGCUGGGUCUUUCACCUCACAACGGCCGACAUCGGAAGGCUCAAGUCCUGUCAGCACAAGCUUCGCAUGAUCGCCGAGGAAGACCCACAGGUCAAGCUUCUGGCCAAAGGCGCACCUCGGUGGGAUAUUCGCAAACUCGAUGCCGAAGCGUACCAUCACAUGUACGGUAUGCCUGAUCUCACUGGCGUCCCUUUCGCCAUCCGAACCCUCAUCGAAGGGCUGGUCGCCCAUGGCAUCCUCCGACCAGGUGAUACGGCCGUCCUAUGGGAGGAACUGAAGCGGAACGCCGUUGCCGACACCUUCAAGUGCAGAAUCUUGGAGAGUCUCUACAACGAGGAAAGAAUCAGAGACGUCAAGAAGAUCGUCCCAGCCAAGGCGCGCUUCCUCCGUCGAACUCCGCCCGAAGGUCUAGACCACCUCGUCUCCAUCCGUACCGUCCUCAUCACGCCCACCCGAGUGGUCAUGGGUCCGCCCCAGCAGGAACCCUCCAACAGUGUCACUCGACGCUACCAGGACAAGCUCGACGGUAUCCUCCGCGUGCAGUUCACGGAUGAAGAGGAUAGGCUCUUUGUCCAAGACUACACCAAGCAAUGUGAUCUCGCUCGACCUGACGUAGGAGUGAUGGCUCGAGUACGACGAGCGCUCCAGCACGGCAUCUUGAUCGGAGGAGAGUUGUUCCUACCUGUCGCCUCAUCUGCCUCCCAGCAAAAGGAUCACGCUAUCUGGUUCAUCAACAACCGAAUCAUUGACGGUGUCGCGCUGCGAGAAUGGAUGGGCAGUGUGGAAGAGACGAUUGUCGCCAAGCACUCGGCCAGGAUGGGUCUUCCGUUCAGCUCUACCCGAAUUGUCGACCUUGACAUCGAGAUCGGCACACCUCUUCCAGAUAUCGAGCGCAAUGGGCACUGCUUCACUGAUGGCUGCUCCGUGGCCGGCGAGGAGGUCAUGAAGAGAGCAGCCAAGGCGCUCAAUGCCCGUGGUCUCAACACCAACCCUUCUGCUAUUCAGUUCCGACUAGGAGGAGCUAAGGGCGUGCUGUCGGUCUGGCCAGAUAUGGCAAAGCCAAACGAGGUCCGGCUCCGAAAAUCUUUGAUCAAGUUCGAGUCGAGUCUGGUCGAUCUGAAUGUGGUCCGCCUCGCCAAGUAUCAAGUCGCCUUCUUGAAUCGUCAAUUCAUCAUGAUCAUGUGUGCGAACGGUAUCCCCGAGCAGCUCAUGAUCGAUACAUUCCAAGAAUCUAUCGAGGAAAUUCACGGUCUCAAGACACGCGUCAUGGCUCAGGAAAUGACUAAGGCAGAUAUCGCUCUGAUUAAUACCUGUUCUGACUUCCCCUUGAACGCCCUGAUCAAAGCUGGAUUCCACCAGAACCCGUUCAUCCGGGACCUCUGCGACAUUAUCGAAUGUCGAGCCCUUCAGGAUUUGAAAUGGCGAGCGAGGGUCAAGUUGGACGCUGGAGUGUUCUUGAUCGGUAUUGCCGACGAGAGUGGAACCCUGCAGGAAGGGGAAAUCUUCUGUCAAUACCAAGAGAACGACGAGACUCCAGCAGUCACGGUCGAAGGACCUGUGAUCGUCUGCCGAGCGCCAGCAUUACAUCCUGGAGAUGUCCGCAAAGCGGUGGCGGUGGAUAGACCUGAACUUCGUCACCUCAAGAACGUCAUCGUCUUUAGUACCCAGGGCGCACGGGAUCUUCCAAACAUGCUUGGCGGCGGAGAUCUGGAUGGUGACGACUUUACGGUUAUUUGGGACCAGCGAUUUGUUCAGACUCUGACAGAAUACGAGCCGAUGGACUACACCGCACCUCCCCCCGUCCGGAUCAACCGGGUCUCCCAGGGACACUUGAACGAGAACUUUGUGCAGUACAUAUUGAACGAUAUCCUCGGACAAGUGGACAACACUCAUUUGGCGUUGUCGGAUAUCUAUUCCCCGUUCCAUGAACGGUGUCUCCAGCUUUCUCAGAUUCACAGUGUAGCUGGUCAAGCGGCGAUCUUGCCACCCUUCUUGAAGCCCAAAGUGUGGCCAGACUUCAUGGACAAGGACGGUAUGAAGCUCACAUACGAGAGUCAAAAGAUCCUUGGCAAGCUGUUCCGGAUGGUCACGCCCGAUCCUCAUUUCAAACCCUGCGACGUCAAAGAGCUUGGCUACCCCGUUGAUCCCCGUAUCUCCGAGCUGCCAAUCUAUGACACCCUCCUCGAGCGCCUCAAGCCAAUCAAGAAGGCAUACGAGCACAGCUUGAGCUGGGACAUGCGCCGAUACAGAGUCCUCGAGCCGGAGAUUCCGUCAGGAGUGGCUAUCAAGAACAAGCGGAGGAAGCGCGCGAGGGACCAGAACCUGAACGAACCCCUUCGCGACGCCUACAACAUCCACGUCAAGCACACUCGAGACGAAGCGAUGAAGGCUGUCCAAGACAUCACCUUCCGCACUCGUCUCACCCCGGAGCAGGUCGUCGCUCGCCAUUGCUACGCCCUGACGUACGAGAAGAAGUACGUGGAAGCAUGGGAGGAGGAACAGAGGAGGGGGUUCCUUGAGGAGGAAGGAGGGGACGUCGAGUACAUGAGGCCUAGGCCAAUGGUCAGCUUUGCGUGGGUGUUCUGGCAGGAGCUCGUCCAGAUCGUCCAAAUCGAUCUGUUAUGA